CAAAUUUCAAGGAGUGAAAAGUAAACAUCUGUGAAACGAAACGAAAAGUCCAGAAAACAUAUCAUCACCGGAACGUCACACGAAACAGCUGCGUACCAACUGAAGCGACUGUAAGAAAUCUGUUGUAAUAGACUCAGAACUCAGAGCCAGAGAGGGAAUAACGAGUUUCUUAUAGUUUUCUUACAUUUUGGAUCUAUUCCUUCCUCUAAUUUCUUUCUUCGUACCGACGCUGAUUCCGAGGUCGUUUGUUCUUUUCCUCAAUUCUUAAUUUAACAUCUCCCUUUUCAUUUAUAUUAUUAUUAUUUUCUUCGUUUGUGGCAUAUAUGCUUUGCCAUCCUAAGUCGAAACUUCUAUUCAGACUUGUGAGGGAGAGGAAGGGAGGGAGGAAGUGCCGGGUGUGCUUGUUGAUUUCCGGGUUUUGACCGAAAUUUUCACGGCGACCCAGGAUUUUAUGGGUUCAUAGAAAAUAAUAAUAAAUAAAAGUAAUGGGGAGUUACAGUGAAGAGAGAGAGGAAGAGGAACGAUUUUUUGAUAGCCGCGAGGAUAUUUCUUCUGUGUCCGAUUCGGAUUCAACUUGUUAUGACGAUUGCAGUUCUAGUGUUGAGUUUGAUAAUAAUUUUGCUCAGUACGAGGUUUGGUUUAGGACACUAGAAAGUGUUCAUGAUCGUCGCAUGAGGUUCCUAAAGUGGAUGGGCUUAAGUUCGGAUCAAAAUAAAAUCGCCCAGGAGGAGUCAGCUGUUCAAUCCUUGACCGAAAUCCAACUGGGUAUUGAUAGAAUGGUGGAUAGUAGUGGGGCAGUGUUGAGGACGUCAGGUUUUGAAUAUGUUCGUAUGUCGUCUCAGUCUCCAUUGUCUUCUCCCUCAACUGAAACUCGAGAUUCAUUUGAAAAUGGUACAGUGGAGGAUACGACUCUGUGUAAAAUUAGAAACUUGGAUGAUGGAACGGAGUUUAUAGUGGAUGAACUUGAUCAAAAUGGGAUGCUUAGCAGACUACGUGCAGUAGGCUCCAACCAAUCUCUUAGUUUUGAAGAGUUUCAGAGGACGACUGGGGCAUCUCCUUUGAUUCAGCGACUUAUGAAUAAAUAUGCGAGUGAUGCCAUGGUUAUGAUGGAAGCAAAAAAGAAAGCAAAGAGGAGUUGGUUAAGAAGAUUAGGAAGAUUAAGUCAUGCAGCACCAAUUGCUGAUAGACAAGGGGCAGCAGCUUUGAAGCCCCGUGAUUAUGAAUCAACUGUAGGAUCAAAGAUGCAAAGAGUUAAAGUACAUUCAUGCAAAAAGCGGUGCAAGGAAUUGUCUUCGCUCUACGCUGAGCAGGAAUUUUUAGCACAUAAUGGAUCAAUUUUGACAAUGAAAUUCAGUCAUGAUGGGCAAUACUUGGCAAGUGGUGGUGAAGAUGGUGUUGUGCGUGUGUGGAGGGUGAUUGAAGAUGAUAGAUUAGACCAAUUUCACAUGCCAUCUGAUGAUCCUUCAUUUCUAUAUUUCUCAAUGAAUCAUCUUUCCAAGAUAGCUUCUCUUGAUGUGGAUACAAUGAAAGUUGAUACAAGAAAGAGGCACAUAUCAUCAGACUCCACUUGUGUUAUUUUUCCACCCAAGGCUUUCAAAGUAUUGGAGAAACCUCUGCAUGAGUUUCAGGGACACAAUGGUGAGGUUUUGGAUCUCUCAUGGUCUAAAAAAAGGUUUCUGCUAUCAUCUUCUGUUGAUCAGACAAUUCGCCUCUGGCAAGUGGGACAUGACAGAUGCCUGAGAAUUUUUUCCCAUAAUAAUUAUGUAACUUGUGUUGACUUCAAUCCUGUUGAUGAUAAUUAUUUCAUCAGUGGUUCAAUAGAUGGAAAGAUUCGCAUCUGGGAAGUGCUUGGUUGCCAGGUUGUUGAUUAUACAGUUAUAAGGGAAAUUGUUACUGCUGUGUCUUAUCGUCCUGAUGGAAAGGGUGGAAUAGUGGGCACACUGACAGGAAAUUGUCUUUUUUAUGAUAUCAUAGAUAAUUGCUUGCAACUGGAUGCUCAAAUAUCCUUACAGGCCAAAAAGAAGUUAUCAGGCAGGAGGAUUACUGGCUUUGAGUUCUCCCCAGGUGAUCCAACCAAAGUAUUGGUAACUUCGGCUGAUUCAAUAGUACGAGUAUUGAAUGGCAUGGAUGUCAUAUGCAAAUUUAAAGUGUCUAGCAUUGGUAUUGCAGCGAACCAAAUGUCUGCAUCUUUUACCACAGAUGGGAAACAUAUUGUCUCAACAAGCGAAGAUUCUAAUGUCUACAUUUGGAACUACAAUAGCCAAGAAAAGAGUCUCUCUAGAGAGAAAAACGUCCAGUCUUAUGAAAGCUUCAUGUCUCGAAAUGUGUCCAUUGCUAUACCAUGGUGCGGCAUUAAAAGUGGACCAGGAACACUUGUAUCUCCCACAUCUGGUAGGGAUAUACUGGGAAGUAAUGGAAAGCACGGGCACAACCAUCAUAAAUUUUUGGGGGAGCUGGACCACAAAAUGCUUCCGACUUCAUCAGAUUGUUUCUCUCUUACUCGUGGGUUUUUGUUGGAUUCUUUAACUAGGGGAUCUGCAACUUGGCCUGAAGAGAAACUUACUGAUUCAAGCCCUGUUGCUGUCUCACCUACAAAGAGUAAAUCUGAAUACAAGUUUUUGAAGAAUGCCUGCCAUAAUAUCUUCAGUUCUCCUCACUUGUGGGGUCUGGUGAUUGUAACUGCUGGCUGGGACGGAAGAAUUAGGACAUACCUCAAUUAUGGGUUACCUCUACGCAUUUGAUGCCUUCUGGUUUGACAGAAUUGUCAAAGGCUUAGUUUUGUGUCGUUUCUGUAGUAUCAUCAAAGGUUGGCCUUGGCCAUGCCGUGCACGCCCUUGUGGUUCUGGGCAGGCACCAUACAUGACAAUUACAGUUGUUUAGUAUAGUUAAAAGUAGAUCAUUUCAGGUGGAAGUACAAAUUACAGCAUAUCUUUUACCCUGGUUUCACAAUUGACCAGGCCUUAAUUACAUUCUCAUUCGAUUUUGAUACACAUGUUAAUUACAUUAUUCUAUGAUUUGACA